CGUAUGAGUAGCUACUGGUAGGUUGUCCUGCUUGUUCAUACGAGCUUUUUGCCGGCUUGUCCAGGUCUUCGGAGCUUUACCAAUGGCGUUUUUGAAUCGUCCCUCUGCGUGCAAAGAGAACCAAACACCUGGAGCGAAGCUUGCUGUGAUCCUGACUACCGUGAAUGCGUUUCUCCAUCUGCAGGUUACUGCGAAGACGGCGGAGAAGGCGCCACCGCCGGUGGUAACGUCUAUGGACACGACGCCACCAGCGGAGCAGCGGGCAGAAGCCACGGUGUCCACGGCGGCCCCGCUGGACGCACCCCGUGCGCCGGGAUUCCUUUACACAACAGCUGGGCCCUCGGCCGUGCGCGUGCCGUAUGUGUGGGGCUCUUGGCCGUACAACCCGAACGCCAACAACCCGGGCGGCGCCGCCAGCACUGCACACGCUCCGCCGCUCUGCCUUCCGCCCUUCGCGUGGUACUACCCCGUCGUCACCGACCCACAUGGUUCGCCGGCGACAUCUUACGCGCAGCCGCUCCAUGAGACGACGAGUGGGGGCGGCAGCCAGGGUACCGGCGGCGGAACGGCCGAGGAGGACAUCGACGACGACUCAUGCUCGCUCACGCUGGGGCUUGACGUCGACAGGAAGUGUGCGACGAGCGCCGACAACGGCAGCAGCCGUGCUGUGGCGGGCGACAGAGAGAGGGCGGUGAUGGCGGCGGAGGCGAGAAAGAGGAGGAAGGAGCUGACGAAGCUGAAGCAGACGCAUCUCGGUGGUCGUCCUGGAGACGAGUAGGUCUCGAUCGACGCCAUUGACGGGGGAUGACACUAUUGAUUUUCUUCUUUCUAGCUGGUCGUUUCAUUUCGGUUCUUACGUUGUUAUCUGGUUUGGUUACGGAUAUUCGUUUCGGGUUAGGGUCCAGAUGAUCCUGUAAACUCGUCCGAACAGAAUCGCCAAGAUGCUCAUGAACUAGUGUACAUUUUGGUCUAUUUUGAGAGUACGCA